UUCACGAUAACGUGGAACUGUUCGUCGAUCUUCAUCUUGCGAGGAUGAAGGCCUCAUCGCGUAAAGACUUCGCUUACGCGAUGACUCCGUUGAAGAUUGUGUCGUGGCCUGUAGGUACCUGGCCUCUUCAAGACUACGACAUCUUCUCAGCUAUGCGUGGCACCAUAGUGAUCUUUCUUAUGCUAUUAAUGCUACUGAUCGUGCAAACGGAGAUGUACUUCGACAGAAGCGAUGCCGAAAAAAACCUUGACGCCCUACUAUUAAUUGCCUGUGGUAUUUUGGCGGUGUCAAAGAUUAUGUGGUUUCGUAUUCGACCAGCUGGACUUAUUUCGAAUUUUACCUCGGCAGUCAAGGAUUAUAACGAUUUGGAAGAUCAAGAGAAACGGGCGAUAAUGAGGAUGCACGCUUAUAUGGGCAGAGUGGUAUCUGGCAGUGUGAUCAUUUUCGCGUAUGUUGCCACGGUUCUUUUCAUGAUUGUGCCUGUGCUAGCUGGUGUGGAAGAGGAAGAUAUAUUUAACGUAACGGAGGAAGGUGUACCGGAUUACCCUAUGCCUUCCGAAUAUGUAAUGGAACUUAUAAAAAUGCCAGAUAAUUUAUACUUUAUAGUUUUUAUCAUAGAGUGCCUGAUGCGGCUAUUAGUAAGCACUGGAAAUUUAGGUAGCGAUUCGUUGUUCUUCGGCAUCACUUUUCAUCUAUGCGGUCAAGUGGAAAUUCUAAAGCUAGAUUUCAAUAGACUAGGCAACGAGAACGAAAGAGCCAUGGAACAUUUCAUCGUAUUAAUCAAGAGGCAUGUCUACUUACUGAACCUGGCCAAAAUGCUAAACGAGACGAUCAGCUCUAUCUUAAUCGUGCAACUAUUCGCGAGUUGUAUACUUAUUUGUACAACCGGAUUUCAAUUUAUUCUCGAUCUGAGCGUUGGGAACAUCGUCAUGGCGAUAAAAACAUUUAUAGUACUAAGCACUCUGUUGGUGCAAUUGUUUGCAUACAGCUACGUGGGCGAAUAUUUAAAGCUUCAAAUGGAAGGCGUCGGUGACUCGGUGUAUUUCUGCAGUUGGUACGAUAUACCGACAAGUAUAGCAAAAAAUAUUAUUUAUGUCAUUAUGAGAAGUCAAGAUCCAGUUUCCUUGAACGCUGGCAAAUUCUUCACCGUCAACAUGGAAACGUACAUGAGUAUUCUGAAAACUUCGAUGUCGUACCUUUCAGUGCUUCGAGUAAUGGUAAAUGCUUGA